CGCCGCAGCAUGAGCAGCCGGGCCGGGGCCGGGGCCGGGGCCGGGGCUCCCUCGCAGCCCUGCGACCUCGCCUGCAAGUGAUCCCUGGUUCCCCUGGGCUGGAGAGAUGCAAUCUCACGGGCCGUGUCGCACGGGACAGUUGCCGCUUCCUCCCGGACGCUUGCUGCCCUGUUGUGUAGAGGGGUGUCUGUACCUCCUGGUGUACAGAGAAGCUGGUCCGGUGAUGCUGCUUGGAGAUUCGGGCGUGGGGAAAACCUGCUUCCUGGUGCAGUUCAAGGACGGGGCCUUCCUCUCUGGGACAUUCAUAGCUACCGUCGGCAUAGACUUCCGGAACAAAGUGGUGACGGUAGAUGACGUGAAGGUGAAAUUGCAGAUCUGGGACACCGCAGGGCAGGAGCGAUUCCGUAGCGUGACCCACGCCUACUACAGAGAUGCUCAGGCCUUACUCCUCCUGUAUGACAUCACCAGCAAAAUGUCCUUUGACAAUAUUCGAGCCUGGCUCUCAGAGAUACAUGAAUAUGCCCAAAAGGAUGUGGUCAUUAUGUUGUUAGGCAAUAAGGCAGAUGUGAGCAGCGAGAGAGUUGUCAGGACAGAGGAUGGAGAGACGCUAGCCAGGGAGUAUGGAGUGCCUUUCAUGGAGACCAGUGCCAAGACCGGCAUGAACGUGGAGCUGGCCUUUUUGGCCGUUGCCAAAGAGCUCAAGGAGCGAGCAGUGCAGCAGCCGGAUGAGCCCAGGUUCCAGAUUCAUGACUACAUAGAGUCGCAAAAGAAGAAGUCCAGCUGCUGUGCCUUCAUAUGAGAGAGGGGAGGCUGCCAGGGCAGGACACAGGUGCAGAAAGGUGACCCGGGCACCUGGGACAGUAAGAACUGCACAAGACAGUGGCUGGAGCCCUGCCCUCCAGAACAACCUCUAACCAAAUUCUGGUAAUAGUUUCCAAAUAAGAGGCAGGCAAACCUACCAAAAGAGGGGAGCAUGUGUAUGUGUGUGAGUUUGCGUGUGUGGAGGGGAAGUUAUUAUAAGGCCAAAUAAACACCAGUUGUGAUUCCA